GGCUAACUAAACCUGCCACCUCACUGGAAAACCCGCUCUUCACUUGCUAAACGCUGCUGGUCAAAGAGUUUUAGAAACAGCAGCAUGCACUUUGCACUUGCACAAUAAUCUCAUUGUGCACAAUUUCCUCUGGUAUUCAAGCAAUGUUGGCGCGACACAGAUGAAAUGACUCUGGAUGUUGCGGAGAGAAGGGAUUCUCUGGAGAUGAUCCAAAUGUACAACCUCAAACUCCAGUGUUGUGCUUUGCUUGGGAUAAUGUGCAAGCGCUGAUUAAACAAGCGCUCCCCUUCUGGUGAGUGCCUCCAAGGUAUUUUGUUCAUCCAGCAGUCAGCUGAGAGUACACCACCAAGCCAUGGGUGUGUUUCACCACACCGCCCCCUCACUGUUGUGUUUUUCUCCCCAAGUCGUCUGACCUUUAGAUUCAUCCGGCCCCUAGAUAGUCUCUGAUUGUCGCAGGAACAAUGGCCGCUCUUCAUUAAACUCUCCGGCCUCGGCAUGUAAAGGGUGGAGACACUGUGAUUGUAACCCAGCUUCAACAUAUGGCCUCUUGGCUAAGCCCGGUCUUUAGUGUUUUGUUGUAAGGGCGUUUGUUGCCAUUUAGCGUGAUUACAUCAUGCGUGGCCGUGCACGCUCUUCCGUAGAUUAAGCUGCUCGACAAACAGAGCCGGCCUCCGACGUGUGCAGAGAGCUUCAGUGUGUGUGUGAUGUAGUAUUUGAUGUGUUGCAAGUGUGUGAGACGAGGAGAUCAAGGAAGGCCAGAUUGCAUCCAAACUGUUGUUUAAGUGCAGUUAUCAAAUCUCCAUGGAAUGUGUUUGGGUUUCCAAAGACUCUGAAUGUUCAGCUGACAACAACAAGAUGUCUGAGAAGCCAUCUUGUCUCAGAGGGCUCUUAAACCGUUGCUCCUUUCAGUUUUUGGUAAACAAGAUUCCGGCUCGACCCCGCUACCACCCCCUGUCUCCAUCGAUGACAUUGAGUCAGUGCGCAGAGGCCGUCAGUCUGAGGGGCUCAACAAACACACCGACCCCAGUGCAGAAGAGCUGUGCUUCUCCAUCAUCUUCGUGGGCCGCAAGAAAAAUCUCGACCUGAUGGCGGGCAAUGGGGACGAGGCGAAACAGUGGGUCGGCGGCCUGGACAAGCUCAUCAGCAACAUGCGCAGCCUCACCCGCCAGCAGAAGAGUGAGCAUUGGAUCCUCAACUGCAUGCGGAAAGCAGACAAGAAUGAGGACAACAAGAUGACCCUGAAGGAGCUGAAGCACUUCCUGAGGCAGGUCAACGUUGAAGUGGACGACACUUACGCAGCGGAGAUUUUCAAGAAAUGUGACAAGUCCAAUUCAGGCUCCCUGGAGGGCUCGGAGAUCAAGCACUUCUACGACCUGCUGACGCACCGGGAGGAGAUAGAUGUGAUUUAUGGGAAUUACGCUCAAACAGAGGGUCAGAUGAGCGCCAGGGACCUGUUGAACUUCCUGUUGAAUGAGCAGAGGGAGCAGGUGUCCAUGGAGGACGCUCUCAAGCUGAUUGACAAGUACGAGGUGGACGGAGCAGCAAAGCAGAAUAAGUGCCUGAGCAUAGAUGGCUUCCUGAUGUACCUGCACCAGGAGGAGGGCUCCAUCUUCAACCCGGCACACAAACAGGUGUAUCAGGACAUGCACCAGCCCCUCAACAAUUACUACAUCUCCUCGUCACACAACACAUACCUGAUGGAAGACCAGCUCAAAGGACCCAGCAGCACAGAAGCCUACAUAAAAGCACUGAUGAAGAGCUGCCGCUGUGUGGAGCUGGACUGUUGGGACGGGGCUAACGGCGAGCCUGUCAUUUACCACGGAUACACACUCACGUCCAAAGUGCUCUUCAGAGACGUCAUCAAAGCCAUCAACGACUUCGCCUUCAAAACGUCUGACUACCCGGUGAUCCUGUCCCUGGAGAACCACUGCAGCGUGGACCAACAGAAGCUCAUGGCCCAUCACUUGGUCUCCAUCCUGGGUGAGGCUUUGGUCACAAAGCCUCUGGGCAACACCAUGCCCACCAGCUUCCCCUCACCUGAGGAGCUGAGGGGCAAGUUCCUCAUCAAGGGAAAGAGGUUGAACAAACUGGACGCCGCCCUCAACAAUAACAGCACCAUAGAAGAAGACACUGUGUCCGAGGAGGAUGAGGCUGCAGAUUGUAAGGAGAACGGACAAAAAUCCAAAUCAAAGAAAUCAAAAAUCAAACUUGCCAAAGCGCUCUCAGACAUCGUCGUGUUCUGCAAGAGUGUCCACUUUAACGGCUUUGAACACGCCAAGGACAACCUGGCCUUCUACGAGAUGUCGUCCUUCAAGGAGAACAAAGCUCUCAACCUGGCUGACAGUUCAGCGACCGCUUACAUGCAUCACAACACGGACAAACUCAGUAGGAUCUACCCUGCGGGCUCCAGAACCGACUCCUCAAACUAUAACCCGGUACCCAUGUGGAACGUUGGCUGCCAGAUAGUGGCGUUGAACUUCCAGACUCCCUCCAAGGAGAUGCACAUCAACCAGGGGCGGUUUCUGCCAAACGCUGCGUGUGGCUACUUCCUGAAACCUGAGUUUCAGAGAAGCCUGACGUCUCAGUUUGAUCCCGGCACGCUUUCCAACGGGCCGUGGCUCAAGAGGAAGACCUUCCAUGUGAUGGUGAUCUCAGCUCAGCAGUUACCUAAAAUCAACAAAGACAAACACAAUUCCAUCGUCGACCCUCUGGUCAGAGUGGAGAUCUACGGCGUCCCAGCAGACAACGCCAGCAAGGAGACGCACUACAUUGAAAACAACGGGUUCAACCCAAUGUGGAAUGAGCGCUUUGAGUUUCACAUCAACGUCCCGGAGCUGGCCAUGCUGCGGUUUGUGGUGGAGGACUAUGACUCAACGUCCCAGAAUGAUCUCGUCGGGCAGUACUGUCUACCGAUCACCAGUGUACAGAGCGGAUAUCGCCACGUCCCCCUGCUCACCAAGAGAGGCGACGUCAUCUGCUCCGCCGGAGUGUUUGUGCAUCUCAUGCUCGUGGACGACCAGUAGGCUCGCGUUUGGAAGAAAGAAAACAUCAUGCCAGCGACAGCAUUUUUGGAAACUCUAUAGGAAUUUGUCCAGUUUUAAAGCUAAAUAAUAAUAAUAAUUUAACUCUGAUUCAAUAUUUAAUGGGGGGGGGGAAACAUUUAGCAUCUGCCAAAGCGCAGAUGCUGACUCAUCGUUGUCUGCCUAACACUUUCCUGUCGUGGUUUAAUUUUAGCUUUUGUUUUUUUUGUUUUUUAAAGAAGUGUGGUUGAGAGCUCCAAAAAACGAAAGAGUGAAUGUGAAUGAAAGAGCAGUGUGGUAAAUGAUUUAAAGAAAGUCAUUAAACUAUAUUUUCCAUGUUGGGGAGAAGUACAAUAAUUAGAGGAAUAAGUUGUGAAUUCCAGAGUAUUUAAACAUUUUUAUAGAUUUCUUGCUCUGGCUUUGUAUUUCCCUUCAGGAUCGAACAGUUCAUGCUCAUGGAGACGAAUGCAUUUGUCGAGAAGCACAAGCACAAGAAGCACUUCCGCCUUGAUUUAUGUUGGUCAUCAUUUGUUCGUCGUGUUGUUCUGCAGAGGUGACUGCUCCACAACGUUUGUUAAUGUUUUCAUUUUUUUAAACAGACCUACAACUUCUGUGAGACUAUCGAUAUGAGAAUAUCAAGAUAUUAACUAUCAUACAUUAAUCUGCUCUAAACGUAUUGAACGAGUGUUUCAUGUUCAUAUUUCAGAUGAUACUUGUCUUGUCACUUAUCUGCAUUUGCACUAGCUCUCAAAUAAAACAAGCAGAUUCCCUGAU